UCCAUGUUCAAAGGAAAGUUGUGAGCCCAAUUCUGUUUACUCUGAAUAUCUUGCACUACCUAAACUUGCAUUAUACCUUACAGAAACAUUCUAGAGCUCUAAGACUCCAGCAGAGAUGAAGGAGUUACCCGCAUUGCAGGAGUCUUCUGAUGCAGUCAAGUUAGGUGCAGGUCUCGAGCUGUGUCAUCAUACAGCUGAAGACUGCAGGCAGAUGGAGCAUUCCUUGCCAAGUUGUGUCAUGGAAGCUGUGAAGAUUGAGCCUCGUGAUGAGCAGCAAUCAAACUGUGACUCGGGGCUCCCAGCUGGCUUCCUUGAAGUGGAGAAAGAGGAACCUUUCUUCAUGGAAGAAGACAGUGCUACAGUUGCUGACUUCAAACCGUUCCAAAUUCCAUUCCUGGGCUUGGAUUCUCUCAAGGCAGAGCCUGUCGAGGCUGGGGCAUCUCCAUCCAUCCCCCAGGCUCCUCCUGCAAACCAAGAACUCCCAACAAGGGCAGGAAUCUUUACCGCUGUUCAAAAAGCCUCUGAGACUGCCUGCUUAGCCUCUACUUCUCUGGAGGCGCACAAUUGUGGUGCUUCAAUGGCUCUUCCGCCUUCAGAAACUUCAACUUCCAAGAGCAAGAGUCAAACAAAUGAAAUGAAAAUCUCAUCCACUGAACAAGAAGCUGGUGAAGCUCGCUCGCCUAAUAAUGGCCGCCUUCCUCCUACUCCUGCACCAUCAGUAAAUUGUAACGUUCUCAGCUACAAUGGAACGAGAACUGUCCCUGCAACGCGGGAGGCUUCUUUUAAGGCGAAAGAGGCGCACAAUUCUGUGGAUUUGGAACGUUCAAAGCAUCUGUGCAUCAAAUUUAAAAAAUGCAGUGUACUAUUGACUCGCAUUAAUGUUUCUGAAAAUUACAUUUACGUUUGCGAUGAAGAAAAUGAAAAUAAUAUUUGCUCAGAAGAAAUAGCAUUUCCAGAGCCUUAUCCUGAUCAUGGGAGCAAAGAUUCAGAGCGACCUAAAAUGCGCAGUGAAAAAGUGUGCAAAAGUGGGGGACCAAAAUCAAGUGAAGAGAAUGAGUUAAGCAUUUCUAAAAAUACUGAUAGUCUGCGAAGGACAUCCCUCAAUCGUUCUAAGCGUCUAAAUGCUUCUAUGAAGGAGGCAAUUUCUUCCACAACCUCCCACGUGCGUCGUAACAAAGAGAAGACUCGCAAGUGUCAUGUCUGUGGCGCAGCUUUCCGCUUUAAAUCUAAUCUUGACCGACAUAUCAACGCAGUUCAUCUUAAAUUGAGGCCCUACAAGUGCUCUAAGUGCGAUUAUGCCUCCAGUCGGGUUUCUGGUUUACAAACCCAUUUAAACACAGCGCAUAGCUGUUUCGCCGGCGCCCAAUUAAUAGAGAAACAUCACGAGUGUUCUGACUGUAGCUAUGCUGCUACUUCCAAGAACAAUCUCAACCGGCACAUAAAACAUGUACAUCUGAAGAUAAAACCACAUAAAUGCUCCCUCUGUGAUUAUGCUGCCGCAACUAAAACACUUCUUCGUUAUCACGUUACAGGUGUCCAUCAGAAACUCAGGCGCUACAAAUGCCAUGAAUGUGCCUACGCUGCCGCCGUGAAGAGUAAACUUGCGCUCCAUAUGAAAGCCGUUCACUUGAAACUAAAGCCAUUCAAGUGCAAUGAGUGUGACGGCUACUUUUCUCAGAAAGGUCAUCUAAAAGCUCACAUUUCCAGGGUGCACCUCAAAGACAGCCCGCACACGUGUCCGCACUGUUCCUACUCCGUGUGGUGGAAAGCAGAUCUUGCUCAGCAUAUCGCUAUCGUUCACCAGAAGCUGAAGCCUCACAAGUGUCCUCAGUGUGACUUCACUUGCAGAAUUAAAGGGCAUCUUAAUUCUCAUGUUAAUGCUGUUCAUUUAAAAUUACGACCUCACAAGUGCCAGACGUGCAAGCGCGGGUUCUCCCAGAAAGCAAGUCUAGAACGGCACAUGAAAUUGGUGCACAUGAAUUUGAGGGAACACAAAUGUUCACAGUGUGAUUACGCUGCAAGUUCUCGCUGGGAUCUCAAGAAACAUGUUGAUGCGGUGCAUCUGAAAUUAAAGAAAUACAAGUGCCGAAUUUGUGAGUACAGCACCGCUAACAAGUCUAGGCUUAUAAGGCAUGCUGCUCGUAAACACUGAAAAUCAAUUGGCUUCCACACCGAGUAUAAUUAUUGCUGGAAAAGAUAUCUUUUAUAUGCCCUGUGUACGAAAUUAGUUCCAUUUAUUUCUUCUCUGCUGAAGGUAGCCAACACCAAUACCGCUGAACUUGCUACACUUAUUGUAGUCUUUAUUAUUAUAUUCUAUAUAUUCAUUAUGUUACAUUUAGAGGAGGGCAAACCUGAGCUGGAUGGCGUCCGCGGGCAAGUGGUUCUAUUCGGAUAUGGUUGUGGGGAAAAAUGUCAUCUGGGGGUAUUGAGUCCAGCUGAAAGGAACGACAUACUGUAGAGGGUGGGACUUGCUGGUAUUCUGCAUGGAGCAGCUGACAGGGGAGGGGGAGGUG